GAUCUCCUCCCCUCCGUCACUGAUCGCAAUCACCAGUUCACCACCAACCCAGCCCAACCCACGGGAGGCGGCGGCGGCGGGAGCACAGAGAUGGGGGACGUGGCCAAGGACCUGGCGGCCGGCACCGUCGGGGGAGUCGCCAACCUCAUCGUCGGCCACCCGUUCGACACCAUCAAGGUCAAGCUCCAGAGCCAGCCCACCCCCGCUCCCGGCCACCUCCCCAAGUACGCCGGCGCCGUCGAUGCCGUCAAGCAGACCAUCGCCGCGGAGGGGCCCAGGGGACUGUACAAGGGGAUGGGGGCGCCUCUCGCCACCGUUGCCGCCUUCAACGCCGUCCUCUUCACCGUCAGGGGCCAGAUGGAGGCUCUCCUGAGGUCGGAGCCCGGCCACCCUUUGACGGUCAAGCAGCAGGUCGUCGCCGGUGCUGGUGCUGGGGUAGCUGUCUCCUUCCUCGCGUGCCCAACUGAGCUCAUCAAGUGCAGGUUGCAAGCCCAGAGUGCUUUAGCCGAGGCAGCAGCUGCUUCUGGUGUAGCUCUACCCAAAGGACCAAUCGAUGUGGCGAAGCAUGUCGUCAGGGAAGCCGGCACGAAAGGAUUGUUCAAAGGCCUCGUCCCUACGAUGGGCCGUGAGGUUCCUGGCAAUGCCGUGAUGUUCGGCGUGUAUGAAGCCACCAAGCAGUACCUCGCCGGUGGCCAGGACACAUCAAAUCUUGGCAGAGGCUCCCUCAUCCUUGCCGGAGGCCUUGCUGGGGCGGCGUUCUGGCUGUCAGUCUACCCUACCGACGUCGUGAAGAGUGUGAUCCAGGUGGACGACUACAAGAAGCCAAGGUACUCAGGGUCCGUUGACGCUUUCAAGAAGAUUCUUGCGGCUGAUGGAGUGAAAGGCCUGUACAAGGGGUUUGGACCUGCCAUGGCUCGCAGUGUCCCGGCCAAUGCUGCGACCUUCGUCGCCUAUGAGAUUACAAGAUCAGCUCUAGGUUGAUUGAUUCCUCAUUCCAUUGGGCCAUUUAUAUCUCUUGUCAUGGUUGAAACAACCACCUGGCAGUGCAGUUGAGAAAGAUGCAGCAGCUCCAAGCCUUUCUUUCUUUCUUUUUUUUGCAAAGUUCAUUUUAGCUGCAACAUUGUGAUUCAAAACAUUGAAGUAUGGAAGCAAUAGCGAUAGCAAGAUCGCUGGCUCUG